CCCAAGGGUGGCGUUGGGGAAAACACAGGAUGGGCACUAAGUACGGACAGGGCAAAUUGCCUGCAUCUAACAGCCGUUGGGCAGAUGCUGGCUUUCACGCUUCAGGCGCUGCAGACGACGCCUCGGAGCUAGAAGUGGAUCACCAACGCCGCCGCUCAACUGCAGAGCUGGGAGGUUAUAUAUAUCGACUUGUUGAAUACCGUUUCUCUGCAGGACACGCCGUUAUCAGAGUACCGGCCACCUCGGAAUAACGGAUUCAUUCAUAUGUCACCUAUCAAACUCCGACAAAGACCAGCUCAAACUGGCUCCCCCCACUCCAGUCGACCACAGGAUCAGCAUGGACCCAGUGACGAGGAACCUGAUCCGGACACCCCGAGCCGACCGCGAUCCUUACCCCAGCGCCCGUCUCGUUCCCAGGCAACUACGGGCAGCUCGUCGUCCGGUCGUACUUCCCACCGAAGAGCAGAAGGUGGACAGUAUUGCACCCAAAAAUGCCUGCUUGGGUUAGUCAAAGGGGGUUCUCUCGACGCGUCGUGUCCGAAUGUGCGGGAUCAUGGGGAGAACCGCUAUCGGAUUGACCGACCUGCCUUCCUUGAUCUUAUUCGCCGACAACUCUCAGAAGACAUGGAUACCGACUGCAAGCCUGUAGGUGUUCCUGGAGCAUGCGGUGUCCUAUUCUAGGUUAGGCUGAAAUCACACGGAUAUAUCAUAGCCGCGAAAUGCACCCCUAUCGACUUCUUUCGUCGUCUGAAACGAGAGGCUACCAUCUACGAGCACCUCCGUCGAAUCCAGGGAAUAUGUGCCGGUCCAUUUGGGUAACAUUGACCUGGACACUCCAUAUUUCUAUGAAGGGAUAACAGAGCUUGUUCACAUGAUGUUUCUUAGUUUUGGGGGAAAGCUUAUUUCUCGGCACCUUACCGCUAAGAAUAAGCAAUGCGUCAGUCAGCAGUUGAGCUACGCAGCCCGAGCAAUCCAUGACCUAGGGGUCUUGCAUAAGGAUCUCAUGCCUCGCAACGUACUGUGGAAUGAGGAGACAGGUCGGGUUAUGGUGAUUGAUUUC